AUGUCCUCCAACUCUACCACCAAAGUCAAGGCUCAAGGAGGCAUCCUCGAAGGCAGCAAUCCAGCCCACUAUGACUCGUCCAAUCCCAUCGUCAUCUUCAUCAUUCAGGCCGGCAUAAUCAUCAUCUUCUGUCGCCUGCUGCACUGGCCGCUCUCUAAGAUUCGCCAGCCGCGCGUAAUUGCAGAGGUCAUCGCUGGCGUCAUACUAGGCCCGUCGGUAAUGGGCCGUAUUCCCGGCUUCACCGAUACCAUAUUUCCGACCGCCUCUAUUCCAAACUUGAAUCUGGUCGCGAAUCUGGGGCUGGUGCUGUUUCUAUUCCUUGUUGGGUUGGAAACCAAUCUGCGCUUCCUGGUCAGCAAUUGGCGUGUGGCAGUUAGCGUGUCUGCUGCUGGUAUGAUUCUGCCAUUUGGGCUCGGUUGUGCGAUUGCCUAUGGACUUUACAACACUUUCCAGGAUGAGCCUGGCACGGUGGAUAUCAACUUUGGCACCUUUUUGCUCUUUAUCGGUAUUGCUAUGGCUAUCACCGCAUUCCCCGUCCUGUGUCGUAUAUUGACAGAGCUCAAACUUCUGGGAACCAAUGUCGGAGUCAUCGUCCUCUCAGCUGGCGUUGGAAACGACGUCGUCGGCUGGAUCCUGCUCGCUCUGUGUGUCGCCCUCGUCAACGCAGGCACUGGGUUAACCGCACUCUGGGUGUUGCUCGUCUGCGUGGGCUAUAUCCUCUUCCUCACCUUCAUUUUCCGACCACUGUUUCUGCGCUUCCUCCGCCACACGGGCAGUUUGCAAAAAGGACCCAGUCAGUCCGUGGUCGCCAUUACGCUUCUCAUCGCACUGGCAUCCGCCUUCUUUACCCAGAUCAUCGGCAUCCACGCCAUCUUUGGUGGUUUCAUCAUCGGCCUGCUGUGUCCCCACGAAGGCGGCUUCGCUAUCAAACUAACCGAGAAGAUCGAGGAUCUCGUCGCGGCGCUUUUCCUCCCUCUCUACUUCACACUCUCCGGCCUCCAAACCGACCUGGGCCUGCUCGAUACCGGCACUGUCUGGGGCUACGUGGUCGGCAUCAUUGCCAUCGCCUUUACGGCCAAAGUAGCCGGCGGUGCGAUCGCCUCGCGACUCUGCGGCCUCCUCUGGCGCGAGAGCUUCUCCAUUGGCGUGCUCAUGAGCUGCAAAGGUUUAGUCGAGCUGAUCGUCUUGAACAUCGGCCUGCAAGCCCACAUCCUCAGCACUCGCACCUUCACCAUGUUCGUCGUCAUGGCCCUAGUAACCACCUUCGCCACCACCCCUCUCACCGUCGCUCUCUACCCAAAAUGGUACCAAGUUAAAGUCGAGCGCUGGCGCCGCGGCGAAAUCGACUGGAAGACCGGCAACCCCAUCCCCUCCGACGCCCGCACCGACAGCAUCGCCCUUGCCAAAGAACAGCAGCGCGCACUCCCCGUCCGCAAACUCCUCGUCUACCUACGCCUCGACGGCCUCUCCAGCAUCUGUACCCUUGCCGCGCUGCUAUCCCCGAAUCGACCCCCUCUCCCAAAACAACACCCUGACACCCUCGCGUCACCUGACCCCGCCGCAGAAGAAACAGCCACUCCCACCAACAAGACAGAGGAAGACCAAGAUCAAGAAGACGACCAAGACCCUAAACCCACCCUCCAAGUCCACGGCGUCCGCCUCCUCGAACUCACAGACCGCGACUCUAGCGUCAUGACCGUCUCCGAACUCGACCAACUCCAUUACCCACUUUGGGAUCCAGUCGUUAACACCUUCCGCGCCUUCGGCCAAUGGCACGAUCUCUCCAUCGUUGCCGGCGUCUCCGUCGUACCCGAACACUCUUACGCAGAUACAGUGGUUAGCAUGGCCCGCGAUGACUCGACGGAUCUGCUUCUCCUCCCUUGGAGCGAAACGGGGUCCAUGUCUGAACAUCAUUCACUGGAUCUGAAUUCCGUUCUGGAUGAUCCGAUCGCCACCCGCUUUGUGGCCUCCGCGCCGUAUACAACUUUCGCGGAGAGUGUGUUGCGCAAUGUACGGUGUAAUGUGGGGUUGUUGGUUGAGAGGACGCCGAGGAGGAGGAAUAAUGGGCGUGGGCUGCGCGAUAAGCCUUCGCUUGGGGGGCUGAGUAUACAUAGUGGGAAACUGAAUCUGGGUGGGGGGAUUGGUGGUGACAGGGGUCUUGCGGUGGUGCCGACGACCAGAAAGGCGCAUCAUAUCCUGUUCCCGUAUUUCGGGGGCAAGGAUGAUCGCUUUGCGGUUAGGUUGGUUCUGCAGUUGAUUAGGAAUGAUCAGGUUACGGCGACGGUCGUGCAUGUUGUUACUGGUGGGGGUGGGGUUGCGGCGCCGAAGGCUGCUGUUGCUGCUGGUGUUUUGGGAGGGGUGAGGAAUAGGAAGAAGGAUAGUGGUAGUACUAGUAGUAGCAGUGGUGGUGGUGAUGGUGGUAAGAAGCGUGAUGUUGAUGACUCGGAUGCGGUGUAUCUUGCUGCGCUGAAGGAUUCGUUGGAUGAGGAGGUGGCGGCGCGGAUGGUGUUCAAGAAAUUGGUUCUUGCUGGCGGGAUCGAGGAUAGUAGUAGUGGGGUGGUGGAGAGGGUGGUUGAGCAUGUCAAGGAGGAACUGGGGAGAUUAGGGUCUGGCCAACGGGCCGAUGGGUUGGUUGUUGUGGGGAGGGGAAGUGUGGGGCUGGAUACAAUGGGGGAUGAUGGAGACGAAGAUAAAGAUGGGGGGAGAGGAGUGCUGGGGCUGCUGGGGCAGAAGCUUGUCAAGAUGGGUGGUGGGGACGUGUUGGUUGUGCAGGCAAGGGAUUCUCUAUGA